AGGUUCUGGGGAGGAAUGAAAAUCCUCUCCUAUUAGACUGGCAGCUUCUGCAGUCUUACACUUUUUUCCAAGUAAAUAUUUGAAAAUUUCAUUGAGAAGUACACCUGCUUGGGUUUUUUGUUGUUUGGGGCUUUUUGACGUGUUGAGCAGAAUGGAUCACUGACAGGUCCCAAUGUGACAACUGUGACUAGGAUUAUUAAAACCUAUUUAAAUUCUGUAAUAACUGAUUAAUUGAUUCUUAGCUAUUUUCCCUUGUGAAAGUAGUGAUAAACGAUGAAAAGUCAUUGUAUGCAAUGAUGGCUCAAGGUGUCUCUUCAUCCUUCCUCUCCUCAUCAAGAAGGUAAAAUUCAUUUAAAUUGUAGAAUCUUCGAGUUAGAGUAUUUCCAACAUCAUUAGAAAAUAAUUCCUGUGAGUAAAACUGAAUGCAGCUCUUUAUGAUUUGAGACAGCUUUGGUAGUCUGUAUCCUUGCAUGUAAGAGAGCCAUGAUAAUGGAAGAGGCAGAUCUUGAAGACAGGAGAUAACUACAUGAAUGACUGGAAGUGAAUGCAAUAAACUUUAAAGAAGAGGAUGAGAUAAGGGGUAGUUUAUCUCAGUUCAAUCAUCUCCUUUUUUUCCUUAUAUAUUCAGUAGUGCUUGGACAGAAGUGUUUGCAUCGUUUUCAGUUUGCUCGUUCCGGUUUUUCAUAGGCUGUGCUUAUUUUUGUCAUUGUCUUGGGUUCUUAUAAUUAGUGCAUACCAUCUCUUCUGAGAUUUUCUUACACCAGUAAAUGCCUGAGGAAAUGCCCAAUGGCUUUAUAGGAAGAAAACCAUGCAAAAGACUUGAAAUCUUCUCAUGGGAUGCAGUUGGGCCCAUUUAACUGUUUUCUAUUUGCCAGCUUUAUUACAGCUCAGAAAAAUAUGUUUGUGAUUACCUGAAACGUGCUGUGUACUCCACAGCUUACAGUCAUAUGCUUUGGCACUGGUUCAGAAAUUCUAGUUACUUGUCAAACAGUGCAUUCCAAUUCCUUGUUAGCAAGAGAGAUCUGGAAACAUGCAUCAAAAAUAGUUCAGUCUUAAACAAUUUGUGCAGGAUCACUGUUAACCUCAUUUUAUUUUGGUAUUGAUGAGUGUGCUACCAGUCUGCUGACCUCCAGAUGGUGGCAUCAGAAAUGCAGGAACACUGUUUGUCAAACCCCCAAGUCCUGAACUUAAAAACACACUGAAAUGUGUGAGAGAAGUUAUUUGCCUGAGGCAUCAUGUUGGAUAAUUAUGUAGCAUGAGCUCUUUGUGCAUCCUAAGCAUCAUAGUGCUCCCUAGGGAAAAGAAAACCAUGGAAUUUUGUGGGCUGCAGAUAUGACCUAUAUAACACUUCCUCUUCUUUGGCAAGCCCUGAGGAAAGGCAGUGAUUUUCCUUUGGUUCUUUGAUGGUUCACAGGCUCUGUCUGUGAAGAAUACCUAUUUGAGGAUUACUGAUUUGUCAAGCCUGUAAUAUGUUUUGUGUUUGACACAGUCAUAUUAUGCCUCAGUGCAAGGUAGGUAGUAAAAGUAUAACAAAGAUAAGACUGCAAGCAAUUUGAGAAGCUUUAUAAAAUUUUGCUUACCCAUUAGGUUUCGGACUAUAUUACUCACUGUUUUGUUGGAAUAUUAACUAUUGCUUUAUAUGUUUUUUUAUAUGUUUUAUAUGUCAUUGCUAAAAUAUGGCCAAAGGUCAGAGUAAAAUAUGUGCAAUUAAGCUGACAAAGAGCCAGUGUCAUCAGUCCCCUCCUCCCAUAAAUACUUGGUAAGAUCAGAAAUAUUUCUGUAUCUAAAGUUCUCCUCACAUCCAACCUGUGUACAAUGCCCAACAGGAAUCUCUUCCCAUGGUGAAAUUCUUCAUUCUGCUGCUUUAUUUGUUGUUAUGAAAAUACCCUUGAAAGCCAGCCAUGAAAAACAAUUAGUGCUGGAUGCAGACAUCAGAGAAUUCUGCAUUGGUAUUUUAAUCCGGCUUCUCUUCAGGUGCCCUUUACUUUGGAGUUCUUUGCUGCAUAAAAGCCUCUGUUACAUUUACUUCCAUCAGGUAAAUGAAUUUCUCUCCCUCUUUGAGAAGAAAGAAUGCCAGUAUUCGAUCUUGCCAAAUUCAAAAUGAACUUGGAAAAAAAAAGAAGCAGCAUAUAUAUCAGUCUAAAAUGAACAUGAACACAACUGAGCCGGGCUUAGGACAGAACUGAAGACCUUUCUGAGAGGCUCUUCUUGUUCUCUGGCUCUUGUAUUAGACGUGUACUUGGAGUCAGAUGAAAGUGCUGCAGGAAGUCUGGCAUUAUGCUUACCACAAAAUUGACAUAAUGGAACAGUAAUUCUCUGUUCUUUUAGAUAAAACCUGUCCAUUGUGCCUCCUUCUAUUGCACUUGAACACUGUAACUGCUUUUUCUGGCAUGUUUAAAAUGUGCUGUUCUUAUCUGUGUCAAUUACAGCUUCAAAGUCUACCUCCAUCUACCACCCAUUAUUCCUGGCUCUUAAAUUAUCUGAUCACUCCCCAUCAUCUUCCACUUCAGAAAUAACUUUUUCAGUCAUCCCUUAAGAGCCUGGCUCAAAUGGGCUAAAUCUCAGAUAUCUGCUUUUUUCCUGCCUCUUUAUCCUUUCCCAGAACAAAUGCUCCUGGCUUGGUGUCAUCCUCCUUGCCAUGUGCAGGCUGUCCCAGUUCAUCACAGAAUAUUCUGGAGUGAUGAACUGUCUUCCUCAGUGCCUCACCCUGAAACUGCAUAUGGAAGUAGUUGAUUAGGGAAAGGGAAUUAAAUCCUUCCCAGGAGGGGAAAUGAGGCAUGAGAAAACAGUAGAGAAUUUAAACCAGGUUGUGCAGGAGAGUAAUCCAUGACCCUUAGUCUGUAAUGCAGCAUAGAUGUUCUGCUGAGGUUUGGAUAUUAAGGGCUAACGUGUAUUCUUUCAAAUUCUACUGAAUGUCGUGAUGCCUGAGUCUGCCAGCAGUUAAACAUUUUAUGACUAGUCUGUAAUUAAAAUAAUUGCUCCUACUCCAGAACAUGUAUUUUGGAGGCUUUACUCUCUCAGAACUCGUGUUAUGCAAAGUGGAUGUGUUUUUUUAAUACACAGAGUACUUCACCUUUAUCAUAAACUACUUACAUCUUAAUUUCUGUUAAUUCUGAGUGGGUAGAGAAAUGCUUUCCAAGUCCUUUUUGUUCUGAGCUAUUUAAUGCUUAUAGAUUAAACCUUGAACUUAACUUACUGAACUAGAGUAUAAACCAAGUUUUAUUUUAACUUUCUCUUGUCAUUUAAAGGUUUGUGCAGCUCAAAAUAAAAUGUUAGGGUUAGUUUGUGGUUGAGGUGAUCAAAUGUGAGAAUUCCAGUAAUCUUCGGGAGUCUAGAAGAAGAAAAGACAUGUACCAAAAAGAUGCUUUUGAAUAGAAGAAUAAAAUAUGUGCAAUAAACAACUCUCAGGAGGCUGUCAGCAGAAAGGAGUGCUCAAGAUGGUGUUCUCAUGAUGCACUUUUAGUAGAACAGUGUCUCAGGUCCUACUGAAACAGAGCUGCUCUUGUGAUGUGCUUUAAACACCAACCAUGGCAUCUGUUCCCUAAGGCUCAGUUUUAGACUCACCACUUAAUGAUUUGGUGUGUGCUCAGGCCCACGAAGAGUUUUUGUUGCCACAACUGAAGAGACAGGGAAUUGCAGCAUGGGGACUUCUACUGAGGCCAGCUUUGCCGCCAUAGCCAGCAUUUCAUGGAACCAUAUCCCUGAGGGGUUUUGUCCAGGGGUCACAGCUCAGUCACCCUGUAUGCAGAGAUGUAAAAAUGCAUCCAUCUAAUACGAACUUUGUGAUCUGACUUUCUCAUAAGAAGCUUUGUUUUCUUCUCCUAAGUGCUUAAACACAUUUUGAUUGACAUGGUGCAGUAUUUGUACAUUUGCUUAGAUUUUGUCUGGCACAAAGAGGGGAAGGUACAGAAGAAGUUUGUCCUACCUGCUUAGAAUAUAUUAUAAUAAUUUUAAUGUGGAAGAUAGUUGUACCAUUCUGCUUUCACAAAUUUCAGCAGCCUCACAGGAUGUGGGAGUAAGAUGGUCUGGUCUUGUGUGCAGAAAGAAGAUGAAUUCAUAUGCUGUGUAUAUCUUCAUUGGAGUUUAAAUAUCAAUCCUUAGUUAUAUUCAUCAUGGCUUAUUUUGCUCAUGCUUCCUUGAGAAAUAUCUUCAGUAUAAAAUGGUGUGAUAGUUACUGCAGAGUAACUUGCAACUUCCAAAAGCCUAAAUGGAGAUGUGUGUGACCAUGGUAAUUGAUGAAUCAUCUUCCUGGCAUAGAACUGGAAUAUCCUAUGUUUCUGAAAUGCAACCUGCUUGAAAUUUCCCAGAAUUUUAAUCUUGUGCUCGAUGUUCUGAGGAUCUUGGACAAGUACCCUGACAUUCUUCUGUGGCUUUGUGUAGGACCACAAACCAGAGGAACUGGAGUACAGUAAAGCAUCAUUUAAAUACAAGGCACAACUGCUUUUCAAUGGAAAGUGCAGAGAUUAAUCAGCCACUCGAUGGGGAUUAACAGUGGAGCACCUCUUUGUGUCGCCUUUCCACCUCUGUGUAGCACGAAUAACAACUUCAGCACUUCUUCAAUAAUAAUUAUGAAACUGGUAUUAACUGAAUGGCAAUUAUGGAUUUUUAACUCUAACUCACAGUAAACCAGCAAGCCAUAUGUUGAAAUUCUUACCAAAUAGCUUUUCAUUCUUAAUGUCUCGUAUCUCUACAAGAAGUUGCAAGAUACCUGUUUGUACAAAAGGAAUAUAAGCAUUACUUGCCUGAGGAACAGAAGCUGAUAGAGAAGACACCCUAACUUGUUCGUGGAGUUAUGGUAGUAUUAUUUAUAUAGAUUUAACAAAUAUAUAUAUUUUUUAUGGUAAUGAAAAUGGCUCCUCAGAAUGCUGACUCGGAAUCUAUGCAAGUUCAAGAUCUACCUGUGGCACAGCUUCAGAAACCAGAAAACAAGGAGAAUGAAAGUAGGGAGGAGACCAUUAGUGAAGGAUCCAUAGACCGGAUACCGAUACGCCUGUGGGUGAUGCAUGGUGCAGUAAUGUUUGGCAGGGAGUUUUGUUAUGCCAUGGAGACAGCUUUGGUAACACCUGUAUUGUUACAAAUUGGUCUUCCUGAACAAUACUACAGCCUCACUUGGUUCCUCAGCCCUAUCCUGGGCUUGAUCUUCACUCCGCUCAUAGGUUCGGCCAGUGACCGCUGCACGCUGAGCUGGGGCCGCCGGCGGCCUUUUAUCCUUGCUCUCUGCAUUGGUGUCCUCUUUGGAGUUGCACUUUUCCUUAAUGGCUCUGUGAUAGGUCUGGCUAUUGGUGACGUCCCGGACAAGCAGCCCAUUGGAAUAGUUCUCACGGUGCUUGGGGUUGUGGUGUUGGACUUCUGCGCCGAUGCAACCGAAGGGCCAAUUCGGGCCUACUUGUUGGACGUGGUGGACAGUGAAGAACAAGACAUGGCCCUGAACAUCCAUGCAUUUUCAGCUGGUCUUGGAGGAGCAAUUGGUUAUAUGUUAGGAGGGUUGGACUGGACACAGACCUUCUUGGGUAGCAUUUUUAAAUCUCAAGAGCAAGUCCUUUUUUUCUUUGCAGCCAUUAUUUUCUCUGUCUCCGUUGCUCUCCACCUUUUCAGCAUUGAAGAAGAGCAAUAUAACCCUCAGCAGGACAGGAUUGAUGACGAAGGAGACACACUUUCCAGUGCCAAAUUCAGUGGCAGUCUCCCCCCUCUGAAUCGGCUGAAUGUAAUUAGUGAGGAAGAGCCGUACGGAGCUUCCAUGUUCCACGAUGAGGUUCAGUCAGAGCAUGACCUCAAUUUGGAGUUCCUUGAAGUGAACAUUGUGAGAAGCAAGAGUGACUCAGUUCUGCACAUGCCUGAUGCCACAUUGGAAAUUGAAUCGGAACUGCUUUUCCUGCAUGACAUCGAACCCUCCAUUUUUCAGGAUGCUUCAUAUCCAAACACUCCCCACAACACGAGCCAGGAGAUCAUGAAGUCCAAGCUCAACCACCUGUCUGCUUUCCUCAGGGAGAAUGAGAAGGAGGAGGAAAUGUUGCUUGAUAAUCGUUUAAAUGAAGAUAAAGUCCCGAACAUCAAUGGCUCCCUACCAAAGGAGUUCCUCAACGGCCAUGCCAGAAUAGGCAUGAAGCAAUCCAGCACUUCCAACUCCAUGCGGCGGCGCAGGCACAUGUUCUACCGGCAGCCGUCCUACACCUUCUCGUACUACGGCAAGAUCGGCUCCCACCGGUACCGCUUCCGCCGCGCCAACGCCAUCGUCCUCAUCAAGUCCUCGCGCAGCAUGAACGACAUCUACGACAUGCAGAAACGGCAGCGGCAGCGCUGCCGGCACCGCAACCAGAGCGGCACCACCAACUCCAGCGGGGACACGGAGAGCGAAGAGGGCGAGACCGAAACCACCGUCAGGCUCUUGUGGCUGUCGAUGCUAAAGAUGCCCAAGGAGCUGCUGAGGCUGUGCGUCUGCCACCUCCUGACUUGGUUUUCCAUCAUCGCUGAAGCUGUGUUCUAUACGGAUUUCAUGGGACAGGUCAUCUUCCAGGGCGAUCCAAAGGCCCCUUCAAACUCGACCGAGCUGCACGCCUACAAUGCUGGGGUUCAGAUGGGAUGCUGGGGGCUGGUGAUUUAUGCUGCUACUGCUGCUGUUUGUUCAGCCUUGUUGCAGAAAUACUUGGACAACUACGACCUUAGCAUAAAAGUGAUCUACAUCCUGGGCACGCUGGGUUUUUCCCUUGGCACUGCAGUGAUGGCCAUGUUCCCCAACGUGUACGUCACCAUGAUAAUGAUCAGCACGAUGGGAAUAGUCUCCAUGAGCAUCUCCUACUGCCCCUACGCUCUUUUGGGACAAUACCAUGAGAUAAAACAGUACAUUCACCACAGCCCUGGGAACUCGAAGCGAGGGUUUGGCAUCGACUGCGCCAUCCUGUCGUGUCAGGUUUACAUCUCCCAGAUCCUGGUGGCCUCGGCGCUCGGCGGCGUGGUGGACAUGGUCGGCACGGUCAGAGUCAUCCCCAUGGUGGCUUCGGUGGGAUCCUUCCUGGGUUUUUUGACAGCGACUUUCUUGGUGAUUUAUCCCGAAGUCAACGAAGAGCCAAAGGAAGAGCCGAAGGGACUGGGUCCUCCAGAGACAGCCGAGAGCAGCGGCGCGGGUGCGGAGAAGCCGACGGUGCUGAAGCUGACGCGCAAAGGAGCCGCGGCGGCAGAGCCGGAGGGCGAGUCAGCCGUGUGAGGCCACCGACGCUGUUCACCCACAUUCCAAGGAGUGCAGGUGCAGGAUCAAGAACUUUUGUUGUGGUUUUUUUUUUUUUCCAGGAAAGCAAAUUAGGACCUUCACUACUUGUAGCUAAAAUUUGCAGAAGAAAAGGCAGUUUCAUGCAAAAAUGUAAAUGAAAUUCUGUAGUCCUUCCUCUAGGUUUGAGCAGGUCGCUCUGAUGCUAAUUGCUUUCUCUACAACUUAGAAAUGUCAUUUCUGAACACUUUUUUAUUAAGAAUACAUUUAGAUUUCAAAUAAGUUUUAUUAAUCUGCAUGAGACUCACAGUGUAUACAAUUAGCAGUUAGAAAAAUUAAGUUUUCAGCUGUUUUUAAACUAACAGAAAAUGGAAGCUAUCUCGACCUAUAGUCUCUUGCCAUUUUUUUGUCUGAACAUUUCAGAUUUCACUAUGCUUAGACAUCAAUCGAUUUUUUUCACGAGCAUGAUAUUACUGGUCUGACAGCUACGUUAAUUUUAGACUUCAUGUUUUUGUUAGUGCAAUUACUGCAGACUCCUUUUAUUUGCAAUUAUUUUCAAGGAAAAAAAAAGCAAUUACUGCAGUUUCUAAGAAACUGCUGUGAAUUCUUUUAGUCAUACUAUUCACAGCCACUCCCAAAUCUGCUGCUUGUCAGGAGAGGGUGACACUGGGUGCUGGAUGUCAGCUGUAGAUGGAAGGAGCAGCAGCUGGGAGAGGUGACCAGCACUCACAGGUUUCUUUAUCACAAGUGCUGCAUUUUAUGAAUGUCGUUGGAACACGCUGUGACAAUUUUUAGCUGAGAGUUUCACGUGCUGGUGAACUCGGGGGUUUUCUCAGCAUUUAAACCUGAUCAUCUCUGGAUGAAGCUGCCGUGGAGAAAGGGCAUCUCUGGGGUCAGCUUUGUGGAAGGGGGCGUGCGGAUUCUCUUCCGUAGGGAAAGGAAGUCAUUGAUUAAUUGCACUUUUUAUGAUCCUUUAACCUCCUGGCUGGGAAUGCAGCAGCCGAGGUAAAGGCACGGGGUCAGUACAACAAGAAGAACCCAAGGCCUACCUCCGUCACUUUAUGGCAUAGUCUGGGUGUACAAAAAUCUGUGUCAGAAACAGUUUUUAGGCCUUAAAAUUCAAAUGUUGCUGUUCCAGUCCCUGUGUUGGAGGAAUUGUAGGCCAGAGCUCUUCUGAGCUGCCGUACCAAUGUUGUCAGCAUAUCCUCCAUGUCUCCUUCUGUGAUUCAGGACACAGCUGCAGUGCAAAGAUACUUUUCUGGAAAGAGGUUCAAAGAGUUACACUAACUUGAUUUAAAAUAGGUUUGGAUCAUUAUCCAGCAGCCAUUUAAAGCAACUUUCGAAACUUGUGUUUCACAAACUUCCAAUUGUCAUUUGUAAGACAUAUUUGUGAUGUGAUGUUGACUCAUUUUGGUUUGGGCCCUCCAGGCUGCCUCAAUUCGUGUGCUGGACAGGCAAACACAGCACAGUGUGAGAUUCCUGCUGCCUCAAACUUCUCCUCCUCCAAGACUUGCAAAUGCCUGUGUCAAUCAUGCUGCAAUCCAGGCAUUCAGACAAAGAAGCUAUAUUUCAAUAUGAAAAGCAGUUUUUAAUGAAUUACUUGAAUUGUCAAUGUUUUUGAGAAAUGGAUGUUUGGGUGUAUUUGUAGGUGGCAUCCGUGGGUUUCUCUGAAGGCUUCCAGUCAAUGCCUAUGGCCUCUGCUAUCAAGGGUGAUGAUGUUUUUAGGCUGGUGACAUCACAGAGCACUGAAGUACAUGUAAUCACACAGGACUUGGGUAUUUCUUUUUCCAAGUGUCUUGAGAAAGUCUUUUUUUUUUUUCCUAUGGUGAAUAUUUUUUUAUGUAGAACAUGUACUGUAAACUGUGUUCAGCCAGGGGAGCAAUACUACUGAAGAGUGUGAGACCUUACUGAAGAAAGCAGUUGUGAGAAAUUCUGCCGUGAAUUUUAUCAUCUCAGUUACAUUUAAUAUAUUCUGGUGAUGUUCAUGUGUGAGAGACAAGUGUUGUGUUUCACCCCAGAACUGGCAUUCAUGUAAGUUACAUGCUGAGUUACACAUUUUAAAGUGGCUUUAAUAUUUUAGUUUUGAAGCUCCUUGAAGAUUCUGCUUUUGGUUAAAUAACCACUGUCAAGUAUUCCUUUUUUUAAUCUCUACUGCUGGAAAGGUUCUUCAACAAAGGUUCUUCUUUUAAAAACCUGCAUCUUCUGACUGGUGCCAGCCUUACCUUUUUCCCAAGGGUUCCAUGGACCAGCAUGGAUCAAAUCUCCAUUACUCCACAUUGCACUUUCUAAGCCAAGAUCUCUUUCACUGCACCGUCACACCGACCAAGUAGCUGCAGAGAGGGUGGAGAGGCUGAAAGUCCCUCUGACUUCAGAUCUCACAGAGGGAACAUGAAACCAUUUUAGGAGUGAGCUCACCCAUGUUUAUGGAGCUUUCUCAGCCAGAGAAGGGCAAGGAGGGAGGAAGGACCUUUCAUUUGGAACCCAGAGGCUUCAAGCAAGGGCAGGGCAGGGCCAGUUUUGUCACAGACAGUGUUUGGCAUGGCUUCAUUUCUAAGAACUGGAUGUUAAAAUCUGUGCUUGGAGUUGUUCAUGGGGCUCAUAACACAGGAAUACGCACGCUGCCACAGCAGGAAGCUGAUUUCACUCCCUGGUAAGGGCAAAGGAAAUAAUUAUUCACUGUAAAUGCACUGAAGUUUUUGUAGUGUUGCCAGAAGAAUUAACGUGGGGAGCCCCAGCCAAAGCAUCUCCUCCUGUCCUUGGGCCAGCCUGGGAAACCCCCACACUGGCUUCACCCCCUGAGGUCUCCCAAGGGCUUUUCCUCAGAUGUGAAAGUCAUCUUCUUAGCCCCAAACACUGCUCAGUGUAGAGUGGGCAAUGAUUUAUUUCUUCAUCUGUCCCUUACUUUAUCUUUUCAUACAGAAAUGAUUUUUUUUUGGCCAUAAUUAAAGUAGUACAGGUUUAUGUGUUUGUUGCAGAGCUUGUGGAAAGAGAAGUUAUAGGUGGCUUUUUUCAUUACUCCUGGUGACAACUAACAUUUUUUGUUUGUAUUCCUGUCUAGUUGAAGUCGUCCCAUUGCACCAUUAGUGUAGUAGGACUAAGGUUUAGGGGUUCAAUUCUGUGUUGUUCAAUACUAUAAACAAUUUUACCAUGUUCUGCUGCAGUGAUGUGUGACUGAGGCACUGCUGGUGCUCAGACCCUCAAGGGCUGGGGUCCAUCAGCUGCACAUCUUGAGAUGUUUCAUGUGAGAGCAGAGGAGCUUUAACUUUCACCCCUUAGAAAGGUGGAGUGUGGGUUUGGCCCUGUUGGGUAAUUCCAUGAGUCCAGUGCUGUUUGUGGACAGCAAUUUCAGACUCCAGAAGCAAUAAUUUCUUAGUUUCUCUUAGUUUCUCUUCCUGCUGGUUUGAUGACUUUCAUAGAGAUUUAUUGCCUAAAUAGCCUUUUAAUAACACAAAUAUGGUGUUUUGCUGACGUUGGCUGUAAGUAGUUGUGGAAAGACAGGGAUUGCUCAUUAUCAGGAAGGAGGAGGCCAGUAAAUCCAACAGAGGUUUGUGCUCUUGAAACACACAGUGUCCUUUUCCCCUUUCAUUUGGAGCCUUUUUCUAGGCUCUGAAAUAUUCCCAGCACAUCAGUGCCGAUGCUGGCACUCAGACCCCAGGAUGGAAGAGGUUGCUUGAGGUUUUCCUCAUAGGCAAGGACUGAGUCUUUCUUAUCCCUCUCCCACCUCAUCUGAACCCCCCAGCACUUGGAAUGACAGCAGCAACCACGGUGCUUUUAGCCAGGUACCUCAUUAAAACCUCGCUUCCAUCGUGAAGAACAUGUCCCCUGCCCUUGGUCCGGGAUGAGCUUGGCUUCCUCCAGCAUCCACCACGAAAAGCAGGAUUUUCCUGGCUGCCAGAUCUCAUGGCCGUGCAGGUUGAGGUCACAUCUAUGAGUAAAGGUAGAAAAAGUCACACUUUGUUCCUGGGAGAGCUGACACAUCUGGGCAGGAGGGAAGCGCAGGAGGCAGGUGCUGAGAUUUGGGGGUUUUUAGGGAUGUGUGUGUGUGUCUGUACCUCUGUGUUUGUACAUUUCCAGACACACUGCUCAGGCCAAAAUACCUUUGGGGGUUGUGUGUUGCUGUCACCGUACUCCACAAUGUUUUCAACUGAGUUCUUCCAGGUUUCCCUCAUCCAAGUCCGAUGCAAGACAAGCUCAGCUAUAAAUAUGUAUCCUAUUCAAAUGAACAAAUGAACUCCUGCAUGAUAUUCCAAGCACAUGUAGCAGCUUCGGCAUCUAAAGUGUCUGUUGUGAAAGAGAAGUUGGUUUUCUUUGCAGCUGUUUUGUCCUCAUUUCCUUUGAAUAGGCCAAAUAAAUGUAAUGGACACCAAAUAUUGCACAGAAAUGUUAUUGAUGACUGUGUGGAAGAAAUACCAAAUUUUAUUUUUCUUUGCAGAAACUUUAUGGUUCCAGAGAGUCCUUUAGCUGUUUUCCUUCCUUAAAUGACAAAGCUGAACGUUUGUAAAGCACGUCACAAAAUGGUCAUUUGGAAAAAGUGGAGCUACCCAAAGUUUUCUCCUUGUCAUGUUGCAUCCAAAGGAGCUGCAGCAGCUCAAACACCAACUGGGGUUUGAAUUUGAGGCUCAGCAGAUCAGAAACUGCCUUAGAAAACAAAAAAAAGGCUCAAUUCCUUUUCCUGGCAUGGCCCUCGCACCCAGUGAUCUGCUCAUUAAGGUGUUCCAGGUUUUCCUGUUGUUUAAAUUCAAAUCACCUCCUGGAAAACCAGUUUGGUUUGGCUCCUCAACCCGAGCAGCUUCACCUGAAUUUCCACCUCAGCUUCCCUCACCCCUGGGAGUACAAGGGGUGCCCAGGAGGGGCAAAUACAUCCCCCAUCCAAAGAGAGCAUCUGCUGUAAUUAAAGGGCUUUUGAUGCCCUUGUGACCUGCUAAAAUUUUAAGGAAAAUGCAGAGCAUGGUUCAAUUUGACCUGCUCCGGCACAUUUAUUCUUAAAUUUGGAAGUUUGGGGUGAAGCUCUGGAAACAUUUAAUCAAACUCAGUGUCACCUUAUUUACUGUGCACCUACUCAGUCCUUAGCGACAGCCAAAUUGUAAUAAAUUACCCCAAAAUCCAGACUUUUCUCUCAACAAAUUGGCAGUUUCCAAUGUGAAUUUGUUUUGCCUGAUGUAACAUGAACACUAAGCCCUUUAAGUAGCCAAAUGACCAGCUAAUUUUAAAUGCCUCGUAUUACUAGAAAGCUGCAUAUAGGCAUCUCAUAGCGGGGAAAAAAUUAAAAAAUAAAAAAAAAAGAAAAAAGAGAAUAUUUAGUUCCUUUGUGAACUGGCCAUAUGACAACUACUUUUUUAUCAACUUAUUAAGUUGGGGCACUAUAAUAGCUCUUGCUGAGUUUAGCAAUGUUUAUAAGCAUGUGUUAAACACAUAAUGUUGUUUUAUGAGGAAAAAGGGAUAAAGAAAAGUGAUGUCACAGAUGAAUGUUUGAGUGCGUAGAUGGCAUAAUGUAUGUAUGAUUUUUAUUUCUACACUGUUGAGCUUAUUUUCUGUUUAAAGGUUAAAAAAUUGUUGCAUGAGAACUGUUUUAUUGUGUUCUGCACUUUCUGUUCUUUUUGUAUAAUCUUGAUUUUUUUUCAUUUAUGCAUAGAAAAGAAAGAAAUCAGUUUAGAAAUAUUCUACUCCACGAGACAUUGUGUUCCAAUCUGUUGUUCCGAAGUUCGAUCUUAAUAAACAUUUCAGUAAGAGUUGG